AUGGACCACGAGCCAACCCCCGAACCCAAGCACCGCAUGGACGGCGGCCUGACCGCAUGGCUCCAAGUGCUGGGCAGCUGGCUGAUCUUCGCAAACACCUGGUCCGUCACCUCGUCUCCACAUUGUUUCCGUGCCAAACUUACCAGCAAGGGUCUCACCAGUUCCUACGGCGUCUUCGAAACCCACUACACCACCGCUCUCCUGGCCGACUACACCCCGUCGGCGAUCGCCUGGAUCGGCUCGGUGCAACUCUUCCUCAUGAUGGCGAUCGGGCUGCCCGUCGGCUCGAUCAUGGACCGGGGCCAUCUGCGACUGCUGGUGGUCGCGGGCAGCGUCCUGCAGGUGGCGGGGAUGCUGAUGGUCUCGCUGUGCACCGCGUACUGGCAGGUGUUUCUGGCGCAGGGGAUCUGCGUGGGGAUCGGGAGCGGGCUGCUGGUCGUGCCCUCGGUGGCAGUGCUGCCGCUGUACUUCUCGGCGAAGCGCAUGCUGGCGACGGGGUUUGCGGCGACGGGGAGUAGUUUAGCGGGAAUCAUCUACUCGAUCAUGCUCCGCCGACUGAUCGUCCGCAUCGGGUUUCCCUGGGCCGUGCGCGUGCUCGCCUUGGUCAUGCUCGCCGGCUCCAUCACCUGCGCCGCGGUGAUGCGCCUCCGUCCCGGCCAUGCCAAGCGCGCGCCCCUACAGUGGAGGAAAUUCACCUCCGAUUCGUGCCUUGUAUCUUUCACCGCCGCAUUCACAGCAAUGAUGGCCGCAGUCUAUAUCCCCUUCUUCUACGUGGAAGACUACGCCCUCGACCUCUCCAUCGAUCAAGACACAUCCUUCUACCUGCUCAGCAUCAUGAACGCAACCAGCUUGAUUGGCCGCAUCGGCUCGAACUGGUUAGCUGAUCGAUGGGGCGGCCUCCCCCUCGCCCUGCCCGGCUGCCUAGCUACCGCCAUCAUCCUCUUCUUCUGGCGCUUCGCCACCACCCUGCCGGCGCUGGUGGUCAUCGUCGCGAUCUACGGCCUGGUGUCGGGGAGUAUCGUGUCCUUACCGCCGGCGAUCAUCGCCAACCUGCCGGGGGAGGUGUCGGAGGUGGGCGCGCGGAUCGGGGUGGCGUAUACGGUUGCGGCGGUGGGGGCGUUGGUUGGGAAUCCGAUCGCGGGGGCGGCCAGACAAUCCGGCACGGGGGUGCCGGUGCAAGUCGAGUAUCAGGGGAUGUGGGUGUUUGGGGCGGCGGGGAUGGCGGUGGCAGCGGGACUGGUGGGGUGGACUUUGUGGUUGAGAGGGGUUCCGGGUAAAUAG